CCCACGCACCCUGCGAGGCUGGGGCCGGGGAGCAGGCAGAGUCCGUGCCCGGAGUCGGCGACGACGAGGAGGACUCGCACCCUCGGCGCCGCCGCCCGCGUCGGGCCGGGUCAUUAGCAAAAGAUGGUGGAUCGCCUGGCAAACAGUGAAGCAAAUACCAGACGCAUAAGUAUUGUGGAGAACUGUUUUGGAGCAGCCGGUCAGCCCUUGACCAUCCCUGGACGGGUGCUUAUUGGAGAAGGAGUAUUGACUAAGCUGUGCAGGAAGAAGCCUAAAGCGAGGCAGUUUUUCUUAUUUAAUGAUAUUCUUGUAUAUGGCAAUAUUGUUAUCCAGAAGAAAAAAUACAACAAACAACAUAUUAUUCCCUUGGAAAAUGUCACCAUUGAUUCCAUCAAAGAUGAAGGGGAAUUACGGAAUGGAUGGCUUAUUAAGACACCAACUAAGUCCUUUGCAGUUUAUGCUGCCACUGCCACGGAGAAGUCAGAGUGGAUGAACCACAUAAAUAAGUGUGUCACUGAUUUACUCUCCAAAAGUGGGAAGACGCCUAGCAAUGAGCACGCUGCUGUCUGGGUUCCUGACUCGGAGGCCACUGUGUGCAUGCGCUGUCAGAAAGCAAAAUUCACACCAGUGAAUCGGCGGCACCAUUGCCGCAAAUGUGGCUUUGUUGUUUGUGGUCCCUGCUCGGAAAAGAGAUUUCUUCUUCCCAGCCAGUCUUCUAAGCCUGUGAGGAUUUGUGACUUCUGCUAUGACCUGCUUUCCACUGGGGACAUGGCCACAUGUCAGCCGACUAGAUCAGACUCUUACAGUCAGUCGUUGAAGUCUCCUUUAAAUGACGCAUCUGAUGACGACGAUGACGAUGAUAGCAGUGACUAAGGACAUGCUGUGAAAUAUUUAAUUGACUGCCUGAGAAUCAGCUUUGGGGGACAUGGAAAAUUCCGGGCUCUCUCAGUUUUGCUCUAGCCAUGACUGCCUGAGAAGGUCUUACCCUCUGUGCCUCUCUGUAUCCUAUAGAAAGCAGCCUUGUGCUCUCUGCUCCUCUCUGCACUCUCACAGGGACACACCGUUGCAAAUACAUCCGAUAGGGUCUUGCCUUUCUACUCUCCGUAUUUCUAGAUUAUUUUCUUGUAAGUUGGAAAAGAUGUUUAUUUAACAGAUCUUGUAUUACAUUUUCCCCCUGAUACGGAAAAACUAAAAGCACAGAAUGAUGGGAACAAGAGUGUGAUGUGAUUGAGUCUGUGGCUUUUCCCCUAGCAUUCUGUGUAAUGGUUAAGACAUCAGUGACAGAACAUGGUAUGGAAAGUCUUUAUUUUCUCUUCUCAAUACCGAGUGGUGCCUUACUGUGGCAGCAUUGUCACUGAAAUAAACGCAAACCCUACCUUCUUCCUUCUGUGAUUGAUCUUCUGUGAUUGAUGUAAACACACUGGUGCUCUUACAGGUGGAGAAAGUCUGUUUGACGGAUGUAGUUAAGAAUAUUUAUUUGACAGCUAUGAGGAACUAAAUUUAGAGGUAUCUCCACUCUUAAAUGAAUACAUAUUUUUCAUAAAAUAGUUGUGAUUAUAUUUUUACAUCUUUUAGGCACCAAAUUAUAAUGGUCACAUAUAUGUUUAAAAUUAGCCAGUUGCCACUGUUCGGAAUUGGAUUUGAAAUUCACCACUACUAUAGCCACCACUAGCUUCUACUGUCCUAAGGUAGUUUUACAUAUAACUUUAUUUGCUUUACAUUAUUUCUAAAAGGAAAAAUCUGAGGAAACCCUUAUUUUCCACACAGGGUUUCUCUGUGUAGCUUUGCUUGUCCUGGAACUCGAUUUGUUGUCCAGGCUGGCCUUGAAUUCUCAGAAAUCCACCUACCGCCUGGCAAAAACGAAAAGUUUUAAGAAAAUUAUCAGUAGAAUAUGGAGUCUUACAGGUCUGGAAGAGAUCAGAGUUUGACUAGAUUCCCUGUCUGCAAGCACUGUCAAUUUUUUUUUUUGUGACAUUAUCUUGAUUUACAACGCGGUGUUUAUGAAGCCCCAAUUUUUAUUUUUAUAAAACAAUGGUAUGUUUAAUCUGUUUCUGAAAUCAUUCUGCAGUAUAUGGAAAUAGAGUAGCAGUUGAUAUUCUAAAUUUUGACCGUCAGUUAAGAUUGCUUUGAGAACUGGUAUUUUUUCUCCUUAUGUUUGGAGGCAGCCAUUAGGCAGUAGGCCCGCUCACCGCAUAGCACUGGACGUGCCAUGCACAUUCUGGCCGAUGGCAUACUACCAUAACUAGGGUUUCAAAUGUGGGAAUCCAGCAGGCUGAAAGUAGUUUUGUUUUUUUCUUCCCCAGAGUUCUUUUCAAACCCCACCCCCUUUUCAAAUUUUAAAACCCAUAGUUCUGCAGAUGUCCUGAAGUUUGAUUCAGUAACUUGUGAAUGGAAGAGUCCUUGGUAUCUCACUAUGUGGUUACAGUACUAAUUUUACUUUUCAGUUUUGAAAGUGUAUGAACUAUAUAUAUAGGUCUCCCAGUAGGAAAUGUGACUAAAAGCACAGUAGAACAUAGCUUGAGGGCUUUGUUCCUGCCUUUUGUUUUGGUUGGUCUUACUAUCAGAUGGGUUUGUGUUCCAUCUCAAAACAACAUAUACAUGUAGUCAGCAAGCAUGUUUGAAAGGACCAUGAAAAUCAGAGAAAUGCUGAUAGAAACUUGGAAGUUCAGGAACCAAGGGGAAAUAUCCUGAGAUAACAUUUGCAUUGUUGACCUCUGUUGACUGUUUAUACAAUAAAAAUAUUUUGCAGCUUA